GCAAGGCCUAGGAAGAGUUUCGAUGUCUCUUGGGUAGCUAGAGCGUCCUCCUGCGCUCCGUCGCGUUGCAGGUGACGGCGCCCAGAGGCUGUCGGGAAGUAGGCGGGGUGACGUGGGGUUGAUGAGCUCGGCGGCGAUUUUGCCGAGAUCCGUGGUCUGUAGCAGCUGUUGUGGGGGGCGGCCGGGACCGAGAGGUGGAGCGGGGCGGCGUGUGGCCGGGGCCAUGACGGGUAAUGCCGGGGAGUGGUGCCUCAUGGAAAGCGACCCCGGCGUCUUCACCGAGCUCAUUAAAGGAUUCGGUUGCCGAGGAGCCCAAGUAGAAGAAAUAUGGAGUUUAGAGCCUGAAAAUUUUGAAAAACUAAAGCCAGUUCAUGGGUUAAUUUUUCUUUUCAAGUGGCAGCCAGGAGAAGAACCAGCAGGUUCUGUGGUUCAGGACUCCAGACUUGACACAAUAUUUUUCGCUAAGCAGGUAAUUAAUAAUGCUUGUGCUACUCAAGCCAUAGUAAGUGUGUUGUUGAACUGCACUCAUCAAGAUGUCCAUUUAGGAGAGACUUUAUCAGAGUUUAAAGAAUUUUCACAAAGUUUUGAUGCAGCUAUGAAAGGCUUGGCACUGAGCAAUUCAGAUGUGAUUCGACAAGUACACAACAGUUUUGCCAGACAACAAAUGUUUGAAUUUGAUACAAAAACAUCAGCAAAAGAAGAAGAUGCUUUUCAUUUUGUCAGUUAUGUUCCUGUCAAUGGAAGACUGUAUGAAUUAGAUGGAUUAAGAGAAGGACCAAUUGAUUUAGGUGCAUGUAAUCAAGAUGAUUGGAUCAGUGCAGUAAGGCCAGUGAUAGAAAAAAGAAUACAGAAGUAUAGUGAAGGGGAAAUUCGAUUUAACCUAAUGGCCAUUGUAUCUGACAGAAAAAUGAUAUAUGAACAGAAGAUAGCAGAGUUACAGAAACAACUUGCAGAGGAGGAACCCAUGGAUACAGAUCAGGGUAAUAGUAUGUUAAGUGCUAUUCAGUCAGAAGUUGCCAAAAAUCAGAUGCUUAUUGAAGAAGAAGUACAGAAAUUAAAGAGAUACAAGAUUGAGAAUAUCAGAAGGAAGCAUAAUUAUUUGCCUUUCAUUAUGGAACUAUUAAAGACGUUAGCAGAACACCAACAGUUAAUUCCACUAGUAGAAAAGGCAAAAGAAAAACAGAAUGCAAAGAAAGCUCAGGAAACUAAGUGAAGAGGAUCUUUUGGGAUGUAUACACAUUUCUGCUUCUGCACUUAAUUUCAUGGAAACCAUUAAGUAUAAAGAACUUUGAACAACAUCCUAAUUGGCUCAGUGCACGUUUGUCAGUAGUACUGGUCUGUCUUGUCUUAAAUGCAUGGAUUCCUAAACUUUCUCCCUACCUGCGUCAUGUGCAUGUAGUGCAUAUUAAAUAAAAAUGAUAUUAAGAGUGCUUGCCCAAAUUCCGUUAUUUGACAUUGGAUCUAAGAACUGCUAGUUUUCUGGAUUUAUAGCUACCAUGAUGAACCUAGAAAAUGCAGAAAUGAUAUUCUCUACUGGCAAUUGUUCUAAUUAAUGGUUUGAUCUUUUAGCCCAGUUAAAUGGAAUUUAUGUCAAAUCUGAUUAAACUGAAUCUUCUAUUUCCUCUCAUCAUUAAUGGAAAAUUAUCAGUGUUUUAAUCUUUGAUAUUUAAGUGUUUUUUGAGGAUUGUAACAGUGAAUUUUACACCAAUAAUUUGUGAAAGCAUGAUUUUAAUGCAGAUCCUUUGAAAUGGACAAAAAUAAAAUUUCUAAUGAUUUUUACUGCUGUCGAUAGAAAAGGUA